AUGCGGCCCCUUUUGCCGCGUCUGUUCAGGCCUGUCGCGCUGAAAAGUUCCGCCGUUAGGUUCUCCUCGAACUCCGUCGCGUCUCUCGCGUCUCAGGAACAGGCAGCCAACCGUGAACUCUCCAAUCCGGCAGUGCAAGCAUCCUUCUACAAAGCGCUGAUCAACGCCAACUACCCGCACAUUGUUGUUUCGCGGUACGAGACUCCUGGUAUCGCGACCUCGCCAGAGUGUUCCCAGCUGUAUAUCGACGCCUUAUACAAGAUGGGAGACUACCAGAAGGCUGAAGCUGUGGCUCGUUCUUUGGGCCUGAGUGUCAAUGCUGGCGCGCCUUCUGGUGGCUACGGGGCUGGCUUUGGACAGUCUGGCUACGGUACGAGAACCGAUCCGAUCCACGUCAUUGUGACCGAGUCGCCGUUAAUUACCAUUUCCAAGUGGAUCAAAUGGCUGAUUCCCGUGGGUUUGACAUCUUAUGGUGCGUAUCUGCUGUUCAACUAUUUGGUUGAGAACGGCUCGAUCAUCAAGGGCUCGAGCGUCGAGGACAAGAGUGUCGAGGUGAGCGAGUCGACCGUGAAGUUUUCCGAUGUUUGUGGUGUUGACGAGGCCAGAGCCGAGCUCGAGGAGGUCGUUGAGUUUUUGAAGGAUCCGUCCAAGUUCACCGGACUUGGUGGACAGCUUCCGAAGGGUGUUUUGCUCACCGGGCCUCCUGGUACUGGUAAGACGCUUCUUGCGCGGGCCACGGCCGGCGAGGCUGGUGUGCCUUUCUUCUUCAUGUCUGGAUCCGAAUUUGACGAGCUGUAUGUCGGUGUGGGUGCCAAGAGGGUCAGAGAACUGUUCAGCAAAGCUCGUGCCAGGGCGCCGGCCAUUGUCUUCAUCGACGAGCUCGACGCAAUCGGAGGAAAGAGAAAAAGCAGAGACCAGGCGUACGCCAAACAGACGUUGAACCAGCUGCUUGUGGAGCUGGACGGCUUUUCUCAGACCGAGGGAAUCAUUAUCAUCGGAGCCACCAACUUCCCAGACUCUUUGGACAAGGCGUUGACCAGACCGGGGAGAUUCGACAAGGUGGUGAACGUUGAUCUGCCGGACGUCAGAGGCCGUCUUGCCAUCCUCAAACACCAUUUGAAAAACAUUGCCGUUUCCAAGGAGGUCGAUCCGUCCGUGAUUGCCAGAACAACGACCGGAAUGUCUGGUGCUGCGCUCAAGAACCUCGUGAACCAGGCUGCUCUGUACGCCUCGCACCAGAACGCGCUGAGCGUCAACAUGUCGCAUCUCGAGUGGGCCAAGGACAAAGUGUUGAUGGGCGGAGAAAGAAAGACCAUGGUGAUGACGGAGGAAACCAGAAGAAACACCGCCUACCACGAGGCCGGCCACGCCAUCGCGGCCAUGUUCACCGACGGCGCCACGCCUCUGUACAAGGCGACGAUCUUGCCAAGGGGCCGUGCUCUUGGUGUCACGUUCCAGCUUCCCGAGAUGGACAAACACGAUAUCACGAAAAACGAGUGCUGCGCUCGGCUGGAUGUGUGCAUGGGAGGCAAGAUUGCCGAGGAGAUGCUGUAUGGCCCAAACAACGUCACGAGCGGUUGUUCUUCCGACCUGUCGUCGGCCACAAGCACGGCCAGAGCCAUGGUGACGUCGUACGGCAUGUCUGACAAAAUAGGGCCUGUCAAGCUGUCUGACCAAUGGGAGUCGUGGUCGCCGAAGCUCAGGGACAUGGCUGACCAGGAAACACGCAAGCUGCUGCUGGAGUCUGAGGAGCGGACUCGGAAGUUGCUCCGUGACCGUCGUGUCGAGCUGAAACGGUUGGCCGAAGGACUUUUGGAGUACGAGACUCUGACCAGAGACGAGAUGGAGAAGGUUGUGAGGGGCGAGGCGAUCAACAAGGCCAAGGUGGCCACCAACAAGGUGAUCAAGUCGCCGUCUUCGCGCCAGGAGUUUGACAUCGCGCCCGAGGACCAGCCAAUAGGAGUGUCUGCAAAGGCAUAA